AUGGGCGCCAUCUUCUCCGAGCCCCUCCGCCGUGCCCUGCCCAAAGUCGAACAGCUCGACGACGACCCGCCUGCCACCACAACCACCUCAUCCGACCAAUUCGUGACGUGCACGUUUUGCCUCGACGACAUCGAUAGCGGGCACAAGUUUGUCACCAACUGCCGCCACGAAUUCCACCACCAGUGCGCCGAGCCGUGGUUUAUUCGAGCCAGCACGUGCCCAAACUGCCGGCAAAAGGUGAAAUACGUCGACCUACUCACCUGGGACCCGUUCGAGGACGGCGCGCGCGGUCCCUGGAAAAAGGUUCACCACAUCCCAUUGCCGACGUACGAGACCUCCGAAGAGAGCGACGAAGAAGAGGACGAGGAGGAGGGCGUGCCCGCGCCGUGCGCUCGAUGCGGCCAUGAACUUGACGAGGAUCUGGAGGAGGCGGCCGUUUGUUUAUGCUGUGAAGCGCUUUUCCACCACCAAUGCCUGUCCGACUCGGAGAAGGCUCAGCUCGACGGCGCCACCCUGAACCGGUGCAACGACUGCGAGCAGCACGAAGAUGAA